AUCGAUGAGGAGAACCGGAGAAGUUUCAUGGAAACCAAGCCAUCCAAAGCAAUAUAUGUAACUUAUUUUGUAACCAAUCUGUAUCUAGUUCUCUGCAAUUGAUUGAUAUAAAAAAAAAAAAAAUUGGCAACUGAAUUCAGAUGCCGUUGCGGUCUGGAAAAAUCAACUCUAGUGGAGUGACGGCUACUGCAAAAUAUUACAACUCAGAGUCAGAGGAGGGGCCUUUAAUUAUCAUUCCAGAAACUCUGGUCUUUGGCUCAGAAUUAUACACUUGAGUCCUGAAACCCAAAAUGGCGAGGUCCUCUGCCCUAAACCGCGCCAAUCCUUACCUUAGAAAAUACAGAAAGUGGCCAUUAUCACCCUACAAAGCCAAAUGGCACCAAACUUUCAAUCAACAGCAAGCCAUGCAAAACCUUAAGCAAUCUUUAACAAUGCCACCACCAUUACAGCAAAAACCAAACGAACCCCAUAUCCUCUCUUCUCUUAUACACUCCUUUAACAUCUAUAAUUGUGAGCCAACUCCAGAAGCCUACCACUUUAUCAUCAAAACCCUAGCAGAAACGUCACAGUUUUGUCAGCUUCUCUCUGUUCUUGAUCACCUUGAACGGAAUGAAAAAUUCGAGACACCUGAGCAUAUUCUCGCUGAUCUUAUUAAACUUUAUGCGGAUGCUAAUAAAAUUCACGAUUCUAUUGAUCUAUUUAACAGGAUUUCCAAGUUCAGGUGUGUCCCUUCUGUAUACUCACUCAAUACUCUGCUAUCUGUUCUUUGUAGAAAUAAAGAAUGGAUUAAAAUGGUGCCUCAAAUUUUUCUGAAGAGUCAGCGUAUGAACAUUAGAAUCGAAGAAUCUUGUUUUCGGGUAUUGAUUCGUGCUCUUUGUAGAAUAAAUAGAGUUGGUUAUGCCGUUGAGAUGUUGAAUGGUAUGAUGAACGAUGGGCUCAGUGUUAAUUCAAGAACUUUCUCUUUAAUAUUGGCAUCAGUUUGUGAAGAAAAAUAUUUAUCAAGUGUCCAAGUUUUACGCUUUCUAGAAGAAAUUAGAAAGUUAGGGUUUUGUCCUGGUAUGGUUGAUUAUACUAAUGUGAUUAGGUGUUUGGUGAAGAAAGAAAAGUAUUUAGAGGCUUUGAAUGUUUUGAAUAAGAUGAAGUUAGAUGGUAUUAAGCCUGAUAUCGUUUGUUAUGGUAUGGUUAUGAGUGGGUUUGUUGCAGAUGAAGAUUUUGAGAAAGCAGAGAAGCUGUUUGAUGAAUUGCUCGUGUUGGGUUUGGUUCCUGAUGUUUAUACCUACAAUGCGUACAUAAAUUGUCUAUGUAAGAAAAAUAAUGUUGAAGCUGGAAUUAAGAUGGUUGCUUGUAUGGAGGAGUUGGGGUGCAAGCCUAAUGUGAGUACUUAUAAUACAUUGCUGCAGGAGUUGUGUAAGGUCGGGGAGAUCGAGAGGUCAAAGGAGCUUGUGAGGGAGAUGGGAUUCAAAGGCAUUGCGAUAAAUUUGCAGACAUAUAGUAUUAUGAUUGAUGGUUUUGUCAGUAGAGGUGAAGUUAUCGAAGCUUGUGAUCUGUUGGAGGAAGUAUUGGAUAAGAAUUUUUGCCCGCCAAGCUUAAUGUUUGAGGAGGCAAUUUGUGGGUUGUGGCAUAGAGGUUUUGUUGCUAGAGCUCUUGAAUUGCUUAAAAAAAUGGGCGGCAAGAAUGUGUCUCCAGGGGCUAGAGUUUGGAAAGCUCUUCUUCUUAGCUCUGGGUUCGAACUUGAUUUUUCAAAUACCUCUCUGAUUGGUUUGGUGGAUUAACUUAUCUGUUAACUUUAAGAAUGAUACUUUGAUCACCAACUUAGUUACUGUUGGUGGUCUGCAAUAUUUGCUGUUAAUAAUGUAUAUGUCUCUUUUCCCUGUAAACUAACUAAUAAAGAGCUGAAGAUCUUUUUUGUUGGCUUAUCA